AUGUCUUCUGAUCUCUAUACUUUUGAUAUUCCUAUCCACCGACAUUCAAGGCCAGACACAGUCUCCUAUGAUGGAAGCGGAGAUCACAUGUUUUUCUCUGAUCCUUACCAUUCCCCUUUCUUCAAUGUCUCUCCCAUUGAUGUAGCUCGAGACAAUUUGAACAAUUCUCAUGACCCGUUUUCCCCUUUUUCUCCUCAGAUUACCCACUUGGAAAACCAGAGCCUAUAUCAGACUAACCCUGUGCAGCCUCUGUCAAAUGGCACAAAUAUGAAAAACGAGUUUUCAAAUUUCCCUGCUUUGGAUGGGUCUGAAGUGAAAAGAGAGGAAUGCCAAAUGGGUGUGGGUUAUACUUACAAUCAGCACUUUCUUCCUCACAGUUUAAGUGGUUCUGAAAGUGCAUCAAAGUUAUUGCAGAGGAGCUUCAGUUGUAGCUCUUUUCAUGGGAAUCCUGGUUUUCCUCACUCUGACACUCUCAUGGGCUCGCCAAAAUUUCAAUGGCAUGCCUUGAGCUCCCCUGAAAACAAUUUCUUCAAUGGAGAAAUGAGGAAGGUUUGCAGCACAGGAGAUUUGCAGAACUUUAAUACGUCACGAACGCAGAGCCCCUCAUCGGAGAAAGCUAACUUCAAAGUAGGGCGUUACAGUGCCGAAGAAAGAAAAGAAAAAAUCUCUAAAUACAGAGCCAAGAGAAGCCACAGGAAGUUCAACAAGAUUAUUAAGUAUGCAUGCCGAAAGACACUAGCCGACAAUCGAAUACGCGUACGUGGCAGAUUCGCACGCAACGAUGAAAUCAGUCACAUUUUGGAAGCUCCAUGUUCAAUCAGAGAAGAAUUAGAAGACGAGUUCUGGAUUGAACUCAUCGAUGAGUUAAAUGGCGAACUCCUCAUGUAG